GGUCUUAUUCCAGUAUCGGUUGGAAUCUGCUCCGGUUCGGAUGUGAAAGUUGUUAGCUUCUGACUACAUAUUACCUAUCGAUUAGUGGCAAUCAAGUUCAGUGAAAGACACCAGUGCAAAUCGGAUUCUGGAGAUCCGUGGGAUCGAUCGUUUGACGACCGUGUAAAUUAUUGCUCAAGAAGGAAGAUUAGGAUUGAUAUUUAAAUUAAUCGAGAAUUGUUUAAAUCCAGUGAAAAAUUCCAGCAGAGAUUGCGUAGGUGGAAAACAAAUUUGCUGUGCAAAUGACGUAUCAAAUAAUGUGUGCUUAAUCAGUGCUAGAAUUAAUAAGUGUUUUGCAAGAUUUUAAUGACGGCAUGUGUGAUUGUAGUUUCCAAAAAAUAACUCAGUUAGUUCGAUGAUCAAGAACUUCCCAAAAAGGGAAAAAGACGGAGGACCCAGUCAUUGACUCACGUUGACGAAUCAUUUGUGCUGAUGGAACGAAGCAGUUCCUGUUGAUGAGAAAGUGCGACUACCAACACUGGAAUUCACCCCGUGCAAAGCGGUGUGGUGGUGCAGCAGCGCAGUUGCAUUUGCUGAUUUGUGUUAGUUGCAAAUAGGCAUUGUACACGAUAUAUCGCUGUGGUCAGUGUGGAGAACAAAUACGAUUGCAUUGUGAACUACAGUAGUACAGUUACCUACAAACGAAGUGCUCCAGCAAACUCAAGUGCGUUCCGGGUUAGUGCAGUUUUGCAACUCAUUUGUAAGUAGCGUGCGACAUCCUUGACAAUACAGUAGUGCAGGCGAAUUAUGGUGAUGACGAUGGUAAUUAUGAUGUAACUGGCAGUUGAAAUGUCGUUGUCUAUGGAAGAAUGAAAACACAGUACUCAUAAGUGUACUAGAACAAAACAGUAGUGUUGUAUGCCUGAUAGGAAAUUAAGGUCGCCUGGAAGCGUUCGUGAGAAAAUAGUGAAUCUAACGAAUAUGCGCUUACUGCUGCUAGUGGAUCCAACCUGAAAUUAUUUUCUCACACACUACAAACGAUAGUCUUUGAAGUGAAGAGUGUCUUCGCGUUCUGAUCAUCCUAAGGAGCACUGGUGACACGUGAAAUUCUGACCUUGAACGGCAGACGACCAAGAGUUGUACAAUGGGAAUGACCAAGCAGCAGAGCUUGGUUCAUCAGCAAAAAUCCGUCAAUUCGAUAACGGCCGGAAUUGGCAGUGGUGGUACUGGUUCAUCGACCGCUGCCCUGAGACAGCAGCACCAGCAGCGUCAAAACCAGCAUCAACAAAAGCAUACCAUUCAUUGGUUUCGCAAAGGUUUGCGUCUCAAUGACAAUCCGGCACUGCGCGAAGGACUGAAAGAUGCCGCCUCCUUCCGGUGUGUGUUUGUGAUCGAUCCCUGGUUCGCGGGAAGCUCCAACGUCGGCAUCAACAAAUGGCGAUUCCUGCUGCAGUGCCUGGAGGAUUUGGAUCGAAAUCUGCGGAAGCUGAACUCGCGUCUGUUCGUGAUCCGAGGUCAACCGGCCGAUGCGCUACCGAAGUUGUUCAAAGAAUGGGGCACCACCUGUCUUACGUUCGAGGAAGACCCGGAGCCGUUUGGCAAGGUGCGCGAUCACAACAUUUCCGAAAUGUGCAAAGAACUAGGCAUUGAAGUUAUCUCGGCCGUGUCCCACACGCUGUACAAAUUGGAAAAGAUAAUCGAAAAGAACGGUGGUCGUGCUCCGCUCACCUACCAUCAGUUCCAGGCCAUUGUCGCCUCGAUGGAUGCACCGCCCCAGCCAGAGCCAGCCAUAACGUUGGACACAAUUGGUAAUGCAACAACGCCACAGUGCGACGACCACGACGACAAAUACGGAGUUCCUACGCUGGAAGAGUUGGGUUUCGAGACGGAUGGCCUCAAGCCACCCAUCUGGGUGGGAGGUGAAACGGAAGCCCUGGCCCGCCUGGAGCGCCACCUCGAGCGCAAAGCCUGGGUGGCAUCGUUCGGGCGGCCCAAGAUGACUCCCCAGUCGCUGCUUGCUAGUCAAACGGGCCUCUCGCCCUAUCUACGCUUCGGUUGCCUUAGUACCAGACUGUUCUACUACCAGCUGACAGAUCUGUACAAGAAAAUCAAAAAAACCUGCCCACCGCUCUCGCUGCACGGUCAGCUACUAUGGCGAGAGUUUUUCUACUGUGCUGCAACGAAAAAUCCAAACUUUGACAAGAUGGCCGGCAAUCCCAUCUGCGUGCAGAUUCCGUGGGACCGGAAUGCGGAAGCCCUGGCCAAGUGGGCCAGCGGACAGACGGGCUUCCCCUGGAUUGAUGCCAUCAUGACGCAGCUCCGGGAGGAAGGUUGGAUUCAUCAUCUGGCACGUCACGCGGUUGCAUGCUUCCUGACACGUGGCGACCUAUGGAUUUCGUGGGAGGAGGGAAUGAAAGUAUUCGAGGAGCUGCUGCUCGAUGCCGACUGGUCGGUGAAUGCGGGAAUGUGGAUGUGGCUGUCGUGUUCGUCAUUCUUUCAGCAGUUUUUCCAUUGCUAUUGUCCGGUUAAGUUCGGUAGGAAGGCCGACCCGAACGGGGACUACAUACGGCGGUAUCUGCCCGUGCUGAAGAACUUUCCAACUCGCUACAUCCACGAACCGUGGAACGCUCCGGAGACUGUCCAGCGGACAUCAAAGUGUGUCAUCGGCAAAGACUACCCCCUACCGAUGGUGAACCACGCAAUCGCAAGCCGAGCCAACAUGGAACGCAUCAAGCAGGUCUACCAACAGUUGGCCAAAUACCGCAGCCCAAGCAGCAGCUUCGAUAGCGAGUGUCCUGAGAAGGGUGGUUCAGCAAUAGCCGGUGUCAUGACCCCGGCCAAGGUGCAGCAUAUGCAUGCAACCAGUUUUAACGAUAGCCCUAGCCCAACGACCAUUAUGACCAAUUUGAACAGCUCUGGAAACUACAUGUGUCGACCGAAUACACCAGCACAACUUGAUCGGAAUGAUAAAAUCAUCACCUACCAUCAGAACCGCGGUUUGAUGAGCGACAGAGAAUCGCAACAACUGUCGCAAUCCCAACAUCAGCAGCACCAACAACAUCAGCUCCAACGGCAGCAGCAGCAGCAACAUGCGGUAGGUCAUCAACCUACCGGCAACGAUCGGUAUAAUAACCUCCUAUCGUCGCAAAGUUCCGCAUACGUCACGAUCAAACCGGAAAGUCCUAACAUGACUAUUAGCAACAACAAUAACGAUCUCAUGAAUGCGCACUUCACCACAUUGCAAGAUCAAAUGAAUCACAGCAUGAUCCCGCUAGGCAACACCGGUACCAAGCUCGAAACGAACAGUUUCGAGUACGAACGGAAUCAGGAAAAUCUCUACAACAACCAGUUCAAAGUGGAAUACUCGGAUAACUACAACUCCGGAUAUGGCAUGCGAAAUGCCGAUUUUUAUGGCCGGGGACACGAAGACGAAUCGGUAGAACAAUCCUCGGUGCCGAUGAAGACAUCGCCGGAAUCCAAGUACCAAUCGUCUCCACUGAUUCAACCGGCAAGCCUUCCGCAAGUCAAGCAGCUGGGCGAAAACCAGAUGUAUCUCCAUCACCACCCUCACGUCUACAAUCAUCUGACCAAUCACCAACAGCGUGGUUCACUGGCGGACAAUCACCGAAGGCAGCAGCAGCAACCACAACGUAUGCAACAGUCGCCGAUCAGUGAAGAAAAACUUACGCCCGGUGACUAGGAACACAACCGGUCGGGACCGGCUGCAGCAACGUGCGAAAGUGGAAAAGGGAGUGUGACUUCCUUAUUAAUUAGCAAGUCUGUUUCGAUUUCUAUAUAUAGAGCUAAGCCUGAAGAAUAUGUGGGCUGCGGUGGAGUGCAGAUGUUCAACAAUGUAGAGUCGCUAGAGGUUUGGAGAUGCUGCCGCUGUCGCGGCUAGACGUUG